UCGGAAUUUGGUUAGUGGAGACGGGCGUGUGCGGGAAAGGAGGUGGGAGCCAAGGGCGAGUGUGCCUGAGGGCACUGCACCCGGACACCCUCCUUUGGUGGGUGGGACUGUCCCUGAACUUCGGCUGCCUCUGAGGCCACAUCCUUUCGAGGGGGGCGGAGGACGACUUCUGAACUUGCAGCGAGGUCAGAAUUCGCACAUGGCUGCCUUUUUGGGAAAAGAGACCUGUAGAAGAGCGGGGCUGCGGAUUCACUGCCGGGAACGCUCCCUUUGCAAAGCAAAAGGAUCCAGGGCGCUGCUGUUACCCGCGCCCAACAUGCAUAUUCAUGAGGGGGGCUGGGCAAAAGAAAGUUCAGUGUGGAACUGGGGCAAAGGUCGUCCGAAAUCCAGGGAGUCCAGGUCCUGACUGACUCAAGUCUUGACAGCCAGCAAGGGUCGGCAUCAUCAGCCCUCUGAUCCAGUUCGCCCGGAGUUUGCGCGCUCAGACAGCCCAUGUUCUUCAGCCCAUGUGAGAUCAGUCUUUGCUUUUGAAACAGCGCUGGGAGUUUUGCCAUCGAUACGCUGCGUCCGAUUUGGUUGGGCUAAUUUCCGGCCAGAAACUUCAGGAUGGUUCGUGCUAAGAGCUGGACCCUGAAGAAGCACUUUGAAGGCAGCCCUACUCACAGCAACUUCGAGUUAAAGACAGUUGAACUCCCAUCCUUAAAAAAUGGAGAGGUCCUGCUGGAAACUUUGUUCCUUACUGUGGAUCCUUAUAUGAGAGUGGCAUCCAAAAAAUUGAAGGAGGGUGAUGUGAUGAUGGGGCAGCAAGUGGCCAGAGUUGUGGAAAGUAAAAACUCAGCCUUCCCAGCAGGCGCUCUGGUAGUGGCUCGUUCAGGUUGGACGACGCACUCUAUUUCUGAUGGGAAAGAUCUGGAAAAGCUACCCACAGAGUGGCCGGACACCAUCCCAGUGUCUUUGGCUCUGGGAGCAGUGGGCAUGACAGGGCUAACAGCCUAUUUUGGUCUACUUGACAUCUGUGGUGUGAAGGGUGGAGAAACAGUGAUGGUUAAUGCAGCGGCAGGAGCGGUGGGCUCUGUGGUGGGGCAGAUAGCUAAGCUCAAGGGCUGCAAAGUUGUUGGAGCAGCAGGGUCUGAUGAAAAGGUUGCCUACCUUAAAAAGCUUGGAUAUGAUGUUGCCUUUAACUACAAAACAGUAGAGUCUUUAGAAGAAACUUUGAAAAAAGCCUCUCCUGAUGGUUAUGAUUGUUACUUUGAUAACGUAGGUGGAGAGUUUUCAAACAUUGUUAUUCCCCAGAUGAAGAAAUUUGGAAGAGUUGCUAUAUGUGGGGCCAUCUCUACAUACAAUAGUACUCGCCCGCUUCCCCCAGGCCCACCCCCAGAGAACAUAAUCUAUCAGGAGCUCCGCAUGGAAGGGUUCAUCGUCACCCGCUGGCAAGGAGAGAUCCGCCAGAAGGCUCUAAAAGACUUGCUGCAGUGGGUCAUGGAGGGUAAAAUCCAAUACCACGAAUACAUCACUGAAGGAUUUGAAAACAUGCCAGCUGCAUUUAUGGGAAUGCUGAAAGGAGAUAAUUUGGGAAAAACAAUAGUGAAAGCAUGAACAAAAUGACACAUGGAAUCUAGCAUUUGGAUGAUUAAUUUCUUUUUAACCAUUUAGUAAAAAUGUGUAUUACCUUCAUUAUCUAAGAAACAGUCAUUGUGAUGAGUUUGAUCUACCUGAUAAAACACAUUUAACUGGUAUGUAAUUGGAAUAAAGAGUGAAAAUUUCACAGUGAAUAAUGGCCAAUCACCUCACUCCCUAUUACUGUUCCUUCUGGCUUAUGGUGCAAACUAAUGGUUUGGAGUCCAAAAGUUUACUGCUUCUGUGACUUUGGAGUUCUGAUUUUUUUUUUUUUUCCCUGAUCUGUAAAGUGAGGAUAGUAUCAUCAGCUUUAUAUACGUAUUACA